AACACACCGUUACUGUUUUCGUUAUUUGCAGAUACACACAUUCUGCACCUCCUUGUUAAAGCUCCUGUCUUAAGUCCCCGCCCGAUCGGAUCCAAGUCCGGUCUUCUUUGGAUAUAAGAUCAAAAAGACCAGCAUUUCAAGAACGUUGAGUGUCAGAUAUAAGCAACUAGAGAAAGAUGCCUGGGCAAAAGAUCGAAACAGGUCAUAACGAUGUGGUUCAUGAUGUAUCCAUGGAUUAUUAUGGAAAACGAGUGGCGACAGCGUCAUCUGAUGCCACUAUAAAAAUAAUUGGUGUCAGCAACAAUUCUACCUCUCAGCAUCUCGCUACUUUGACUGGUCAUCAAGGUCCAGUUUGGCAGGUAGCAUGGGCACACCCCAAGUUUGGCUCAAUGCUUGCUUCUUGUUCUUAUGAUGGUAAGGUCAUCAUCUGGAAGGAAGGUAAUCAGAGCGACUGGUCUCAGUUUCAUGUUUUCAACGACCACAAAUCGUCUGUCAAUUCUAUUGCUUGGGCACCGCAUGAACUGGGACUCUGCUUGGCUUGUGGAUCGUCUGAUGGGAAUAUCUCCGUCCACACAGCGCGAUCAGAUGGUGGUUGGGACACAACGAAAAUAGACCAAGCACACCCUGUUGGAGUCACUUCGGUUUCAUGGGCCCCUUCAAUGGCCCCUGGUGCUUUAGUUGGAUCUGGACUUCUGGAUCCUGUUCAGAAGCUGGCAUCUGGUGGCUGUGAUAACACAGUGAAGGUUUGGAAACUAUAUAACGGUAAUUGGAAGAUGGACUGCUUUCCUGCUUUACAAAUGCACUGCGAUUGGGUUAGAGACGUUGCAUGGGCACCAAAUUUGGGGCUUCCAAAAUCAACAAUUGCCAGUGCUUCACAGGAUGGUACGGUGGUCAUAUGGACUGCUGCAAAAGAAAGCGAUCAAUGGGAGGGUAGAGUUUUGAAGGACUUUAAGACUCCUGUUUGGAGGGUCUCAUGGUCUCUGACUGGGAACUUGUUGGCCGUGGCUUCUGGGGACAACAAUGUCACGUUAUGGAAAGAGGCAGUUGAUGGGGAGUGGCAAGAGGUCACCACAGUCGACCAGUAGAUUUCAGGUUCAUUCAUUUAUCUAGAGAGAGAGAAAAAGAAAAAUGAACUUAUCCAGGUUCAUCUAUUUUGCUUGUCUUUCAAUACAUUUUGGUACGUUGUUGAGUUAAAUGUUUUUAGUUUCUCUGUACUCUUGAAAUUCAUUGUAGCUUGAUCUUUUGUUUGUAUUGGUCUGCAUUUAAGGUUUUUUUUUUGUUGGUUAUGACUUCUUAGUUCUUAUUACAAAGAUUACUCUA